UUGAUAAGAUCUCUAUCCGAUUUCUGGGCUAAAAGACCGCUCGUCUUUGUGGAUAAACCCUCUGUUCCGCUACGCUGGCUCAGGGGUUUAAGGCUCUACCAAGCUCAAUUUUCGCACACUAAUAACCGGAAAAACGGUGAAAAUGAUAGCAUUGUAUUUCUCAACGAAAGAUUGCAUCUUUAUUGUUUGAUGUCUUUUCGAUUCGUACCAAGUGAAAAUGAUAGCAUUGGGGGGGCUUAUACUAUACAAUCAAGUCGAGCUCUUGAAAAAAAAAUAAUAAUAAAAAAAAAAAUCAACAUGGCCUCCACCAUCUUAACUCCGACUCUAACAACCAAUAAAAGCAUCCGAUACGUAAAGACGCCCAAUUAUUCGCCAAGGCAUUACAGCAAGAGGUGGGUUGUACAAGCAAAGAGGAUAGAAAAGCCAUUGGAGGAGCUUUACAAUGUGAAAGUCGAAAGAAAAGUCUCGAAGGACCGUUUGGCUGAGCUCGGGGUCUCCAAGUGGUCCGUGUGGAAAACAGGCAAGUGCAAGCUCCCUUGGGACUGGCACGUUGACCAGCUCGUGUACAUUGAGGAAGGUGAGGUGGCAGUUGUGCCUGAAGGAAGUGAGCAGUACAUGAAGUUCAAUGCAGGGGACCUCGUAAGGUACCCUAAGUGGUUUGAGGCUGAUCUUUAUUUCAACGGUUUCUAUCAAGAACGGUACAGCUUCCGAGCAUAUGGUGAUGAUUGAUAUGGUGAUUUAUGGAUUUUUUUUUUAUUUUUUAUUUUU